AACUGGACAUAAUUCUCGCAAGUGUACCCGUAAGAAAAGGUCCAAGAGUAGAUCCAAAAAGAGAGGCAGUGUUAAUAAGGUUGCGGUAGAUUCUGGUUCAGAUACAAACACUUCCAAUAAUGAUUCUUCAGAUAAUAACUCCGAUUCUGAGGAAACCUCAUCUGAAUCUGAAGCUGAUAUCAAUAAGUCCAAAUCACGCAAAACCAAAAAAGACGCAUCUACUUCCAAUAAAUCGACUACUCUUGAGCAGAAUAUUCGUCAAAUUUUAUUGGAUAUGCUGGAAAAGGUUUUACUUCCACAUCAGAUAGAGAGACUCAAAUUCGAAGAUAAAUACUUAUCCAUUCCGGAUUUUACAAAUCAUCGAGAACCAUCUCCACAAAUUCCUGAUUCGGAUGGGGAAGAAGAUAUAUUGGAUGAUCCUAUGGAAAUCGAUUUUGUUCAAAGAAAGGAUUCUGCUACAGAUAUUGCUACUGUGAAAUGUAAAAUUAACCGCCUAGUUAUUCCUGCAGGCGGAAUCGAUUCACUUGCUAAUUUCCCUAUUAUGACUGAAGAUAUUGCUAAGCGUGCAAAAUUGAAAAUAAAUCCAGAUGAAAAACAUAAGCUUAGUGGAGUUGCCACUCAUACCGAAUCAAUUGGAACUGUACAUAAUGUACCAGUAACCUUCGCUCCAGGUUGUGUUAUACAUUCUGACUUUGCAGUAGUUAGAUAUCGCAAACCAAUGUUAAUUUUACCUAACCCAUUACUCGAUAAAUAUAAUUAUGAUUUACUCGCAUCGAAACGGUUAUUGAAACUUGUAUGUAAUGGUAAGGAACAUUUUAUUCCAAUUAAUAUGCAUGAGGUCAAGAAUAAACUCGAAGUAAAUUGCAUUACCACAUCUCAGAAUAAUAGGCCUUUGGUAUCUGAUCAAAUUUCUCAAGAGACAGAUAGUGAUAAGGAUGAUAAUAUAACAUUUGAGGAAUGGCAUGCUCCUGCGGGUUUUAACCUAGAUUUUGAUGAUUCAUCAUUAAAAAAAACGCAUGAGCUAUGA